UCACUGUGUCCCACUGCGGCCCGGUACCAAAUGACUUAUGGACCGGCAUCGGUCCCCAGACCAAGGGUUGGGGACCCCUGUCCUGAAUGAUUAUAUUUAGGUAAACCAUCAGCCUGGUCAAUACUUUUUUUUCUCAUUAACUUAAUUUUUUUUAACACAUUUGCAUUUGAAUUUACACUGUAUUUCAAACCUGAAGGAUGUGAAUGUGGAUGGAGAAUGGCAGCUUUCGAUGUGUCCCGUAACGCCGUAACAAAAUGACAGACAUCAGGAGAAAGCAACACAAACACUACCUUGAAUUGGAGUUGAUUCGCUCUCUGCCUGUCAGAAGAAAGUCUCCUCUCGGAGGAAGAAAGGUUUUUUUGAUCCAGCGUUGGAUUCAGACUUAAUUGAAACCUUAUGUGUGGCAUGAGGAAUUCUGGGACUUCUGGCACAUUCCCAAGAAUCCACAGAAUGUGAAGUCUUUUUCCCCCUUCUCUCUCUCUCUCUCUCUCCCUCUCGCUCUCUCUCUCUUUCUUUCUCUUUUCCACUUCUUACAUCAGCUCAGUGAGUCCUGCUCCGGGCGGCUGACGGUUAGUCAGUUAGUCAGUUAGUUAGUUAGUUAGUGAGUGAGUUAGAUGGUGAGAACAUCGAGCCAUCUGACUGUCACUUGGAUAACCAGGAACACUCUCUGAACAAAUGGUCUGAAAGGAGAAAAACAUCCAAAAAGUUGGAAGCCUGUCUCUGUGCUGUGUGUUUGGGAUGAAGCACCUGUGGGACACUCACUUCCUCCUCCUCCUCCUGUUCCUCUACCUCUUCGGAGCUGUUAGACCCCAAGUUAACCCAGGUGUGUGCCGGUACGCACUGGGCAUGUCAGGGGGUCAGAUACAGGACGAGGACAUCUCUGCUUCCAGUCAGUGGUCUGAAUCCACUGCUGCCAGAUAUGGAAGAUUAGACUCUGAGGAUGGGGAUGGAGCGUGGUGUCCGGAAAUAACCGUAGAGCCGGACAACCUGAAAGAGUUCCUGCAGAUCGACCUGCGCUCACUGCAUUUUAUCACCCUUGUGGGCACCCAGGGUCGAAAUGCAGGAGGCAUGGGGAAUGAGUUUGCUCAGAAGUACAAGAUCAAAUACAGCCGCGAUGGAAGUCGAUGGAUCUCAUGGAGAAACAGACAGGGCAAGCAGGUAAUCGAAGGGAACAGUAAUGCCUAUGACGUUGUACUUAAGGGUCUGGAGCCUCCUAUUAUUGCUCGAUUUGUCCGCUUCAUGCCCGUCACGGACCACUCCAUGAACAUCUGCAUGAGAGUGGAACUCUACGGCUGUGAAUGGCUUGAUGGUCUUGUGUCAUACAACGCUCCGGUGGGAGGACAGAUGAAUUUGGCCUCGGACACCGUGUAUCUGAACGACUCUGUCUACGAUGGAGCCAUCAUCCACAGCAUGACAGAGGGUCUUGGCCAAUUGACUGAUGGGGUAUUUGGUGAGGAUGAUUUCACACAGAGCCACAUCCACAACGCCUGGCCCGGUUACGACUAUGUGGGCUGGAACAAUGGAAGUUUUCCCAGUGGAUAUGUGGAAAUCAUGUUCGAGUUUGACCGCACCCGAAACUUCACCACAAUGAAGGUGUACUGCAACAACAUGCUCUCCCACAACGUGAGGACCUUUCAUCAGGUGGUGUGUUACUUUCGCUCAGAGUCCGAUUGGGAGGCAACACCGCUGUCCUUCAGCCCUGUAGUGGACGACACAAAUCCCAGUGCUCGCUUUGUCACAGUCAACCUGGCCAAUCACAUGGCCAGUUCUAUCAAAUGUCAGUUCUAUUUUGGUGAUGCCUGGAUGUUGUUCAGUGAAAUCACCUUCCAGUCAGACACAGCGAUGUACAACACAACUUUGGAGCCUCCGAAGAAACAACCAGAUGAAGACCCCACCCAUAAAGUCGAUGAUAGCAACACCCGAAUUUUGAUUGGUUGCCUUGUAGCCAUUAUUUUCAUUCUCUUGGUCAUUAUUGUCAUCAUCCUGUGGAGGCAAGUGUGGCAGAAGAUGCUGGAAAAGGCCUCUCGUCGGAUGCUGGACGAUGAACUAACUACUAGUCUGUCAAUACAGAGUGAGACGUUCGCCUACAACCACAACCAUUCCAGUGUAACCGGAGAACAGGAGUCUAACUCCACCUAUGAGCGCAUCUUUCCCCUCGGUCCCGACUAUCAGGAACCUUCACGUCUCAUAUCUAAGCUGCCGGAGUUUGCACAGACCUCAGAGGAACCUGCUUCUACCAGCACAGCAGCAUCUAAAUCUACCACCGCCACUGUCAUCCAGGAUGGUGCUCCUCACUAUGCGGAGGCUGACAUUGUAAACCUGCAGGGUGUGACAGGAAGCAACACGUACGCUAUUCCUGCGGUGACGAUGGACCUGUUAUCGGGAAAGGACGUUGCUAUAGAGGAGUUUCCCCGCAAACUGCUCAAUUUCAAGGAGAAGCUAGGGGAAGGUCAGUUUGGAGAGGUACAUCUAUGUGAAGCACAAGGCAUGCAGGAGUUCAUGAAUAAAGAGUUUUUAUUUGACAUCUCCGACGACCUGCCAGUUUUAGUGGCUGUUAAGAUGCUCCGUUCAGAUGCUAACAAAAAUGCAAGAAAUGACUUCCUGAAAGAGAUAAAGAUCAUGUCCCGUCUGAAGGACCCAAACAUCAUUCGUCUCCUGGCAGUGUGCAUCCACAGUGAUCCGCUCUGUAUGAUCACAGAGUACAUGGAGAAUGGAGACCUCAAUCAGUUUCUGUCACGACAUGAACCCGAGGGGCAACUCGCUCUGCUCAGCAAUGCCGUGACUGUCAGUUUCAGUAAUCUGUGCUACAUGGCCACACAGAUAGCAUCGGGGAUGAAAUACCUCUCCUCCCUAAACUUUGUUCAUCGAGACUUGGCCACGCGAAACUGCCUGGUGGGGAAAAAGUACACCAUAAAGAUAGCAGAUUUUGGCAUGAGCAGGAACCUGUACAGCGGUGAUUACUACCGCAUCCAGGGCAGAGCUGUGCUGCCAAUACGCUGGAUGUCGUGGGAGAGCAUCCUGCUGGGUAAGUUCACCACAGCCAGUGAUGUGUGGGCCUUCGGGGUGACUCUGUGGGAGAUACUGAACUUCUGCAAAGAACAGCCGUACUCACAGCUGACUGACGAGCAGGUGAUCGAGAACACGGGCGAGUUUUUCAGAGACCAGAAAAGACAGAUCUACCUGCCUCAGCCUGUGCUGUGUCCAGACCCGCUCUACAAAAUCAUGCUGAGUUGCUGGAAGAGGAACACAAAAGAGCGCCCCUCCUUCCAGGAAAUACACCAAGCCCUACUGGAUACACCAUAAGCCAUAAGCUCCAUCGUCUGCCACUCUUUAAAAAUGGUGCUUGACUCAAGCGGCAGACACACUUCAGGUUUGAGAUGUUUCCUUCGUGUGUGAGAGCCCUCGGAGGAUGCUAUGCUACAGUUUAGGAGACGCUUUCCCAUCUACUUAUCGCACUACGAACAAGAGAAGCUCCUUAAUUUCAAGGGAGGGUUUUCAGAAAUAUUCAUUUUAAUGACGUUACAUCUUCUGACCACUGACCAAGGACUCUUCCAGGGUGCACGAUUCCUUGGAUUUGGUGAAGUAUACGUGUUUUUCUCUGACAGCACUCACACAUCAUUUGACAUUUGACUUUUUGUUAAGUGAUGUAGCAGUGGAGCUAUCAGAGUCAUUCCUUAGUAAGGUUUUGUGUAUUAAGUAUUGUGUUUUCACUUCCAGUGCAAAAUGCACCAAGACGUCAAAAGGUUUUCAGACAUAAUUAGAAAAAAAAUAAAGUUUUUUGAAGCAAUAAAUGUAUUUCUCUGCAUACCGUCCAUUAAGGUCUAAACUCCACUGUCUUUCAGACAAGGCCACACCGUUCUUCUUUGACUGGUGUGAUACUUAUAAAAUCCCUUCAAUUUUGGGUAAAAAAAAUAAAAUAAGAAGGAGUUGGACCACAAUCUGCUGCAAAGCUUUAAAGGUGUACAUGUUUACGUUGACUUUUUGCUAAUAUUAUUGGAUGUUUACCCUGAAUUCAAGGACAAAGGGACAAAAUGUAUUGACACAAUUGGCAAAUAAAUACAUUUACAUUUGAAAUAAAAUCCACAUUGGUGUUUGGCGACAAGAAUUACUGAUAAAGGUCACCCUUUUGUGUGGAUCACCCAGACUCAUAUUCUACAUCGAUGUAUGUACAUUACUGUGUAUAUUCAAUGGAUAUUUGUAAAUCUCAAAUAUCAGUGUUUUGUAUUUUUUAUUUAUAUGUUUAUACAUGUGUUGUUUUUUGGGUUUUUUUUUUUUGCAUUUUCGAUGAUUUCUGAAGCAUUUUUACAGUGAACAAAUCAAGAGUCCAGUUGUCCUCAGUUCAUAUACGUUAUUAUGUAAAACCCAAUGUUGUCAUUGAAAACAUUAACAGGUGUGUUUUAAUAAUUCUAAUAUAAUAUUAUUAUAUAAUAUUACAACAAACAGAAAGUAAAAAAAAGUUUGAGUUUUGACAUGAAAGCUUCAUAAAGGUUUUUUUCUCCACACAUCUUGGACAAAAAAGUAUUUGUUUGAAAAAAAAAUUAGAUGUAUUUAUACUCAACGGUUGGCUUCUGAUUGAUGUACUGUCUGUGUUAUACACACUCUGUAAACAAUGUUUACAUUGAUAAGACAAA